AUGUCGUUCUCAAUAACGCCUACUAGCGACCCUGUAGGCAUUUGGCGACUUGCAGUGACAAAGAACAGGAUGUUUUUAGGUACUGCGUGAUUAAAAGAGGUUGGAAAACGUUCAAGGAUUAUGAUUAACACUUUUAUUUUGUUCUUUGUGUGCAUGUGGCGUCUAUUUGAUGUGACAGAUGCAGUGAAGACAGUGUCAGUGAUGGAGGGAGAUUCUGUCACUUUAAACACUGAAGUACAGAAAUAUUUGUUGAUAAUGUGGAGGUUUGGAAACACAAGAAUCGCUGAAGUCAACAGACUCACACAAACCAACUCGACAUACGACGGUCCUGAUGGGAGAUUCAGAGACAGACUGAAGCUGGAUCAGACCGGAUCUCUGACCGUCACUAACACCAGAACCACAGACUCUGGACUUUAUACAGUAACAGUUAUCAGCAAAGACACCAGUUACAUGAGAUUCAAUCUUACAGUCAACGAAUCGCCGCCACAAAGUACUUCAUCACCAGAAAGAUCAUCAAGCACCAUUUUUUUGUCGUCCAGCUGUGCGGUGAAUAAUUUAACCAUCAACCAAACUGAGGAUGCCAACAUUACUGAACUCCAUCAGCCAUGUUCAGACAACAUCCUCUGUUGUGGUUUCAAAGAAACUGUGAUCCGAUUGGCUCUCUCUGCUCUGGUGGGUGUGGCUACUGUUGCUUUUCUGGUUUAUGACAUCAGAUCCACAAGAAGUGAGCUGAUCAGAACAGAAGAGAGCAGAAAUCACCGUCAGGCUCACAGAGUAAAAUCAGGCCGUCGGUAUGAAAUGAGCAGAAGGGUUAGUUCCAGAUAUGUUUGCUGAAGUUUGCUGGUAUAAACACAAAAAUAAAACAUGCAUUAAGAUUUUC